UUUCAACAUUUACCCGCCCAUUCACUGUGCGAACUUUCGCCCAUAUAGGGUUAGGGUUUUUGCGGGGUUUCCCUCUCUCAGCCUUAGGUUUUCGACUUUUCGUUGCUGAUUCGAAGCCAACUCUCAUCAAUGGCGAGAUACAGAAGCCGUAGCAGAAGCUACAGCCCUCGCCGCAGCAGAACUCCUCCUCGACGGCGUCGUUUCGACGACCGCUCCAGACCCAGUCGCUCCUAUCGCGACCGCCGCUCCCCUGCUCCCUCUGGCCUCCUUGUUCGCAACAUCGCUCUCGAUGCCAGGCCUGAGGAUCUUAGAGUCCCAUUUGAGCGUUUUGGUCCAGUGAAGGAUGUGUAUCUUCCCAAGAAUUACUAUACUGGGGAGCCCCGUGGCUUUGGAUUUGUGAAGUUUCGUAAUGCGGAGGAUGCUGCCGAAGCUAAGCAUCAUUUGAAUCACUCAGUUAUUGGUGGACGUGAAAUAGCUAUUGUUUUUGCUGAAGAGAAUAGAAAAACUCCUCAGGAGAUGCGUACGAAUUCACGUGUAAGUGGCAGGCAUGGAGGAAGCUAUAGAAGGCGAAGUCCACCUAGGUCCCCAAGACGUAGAUAUCGCUCCUAUUCACGGUCACCUUCACCAGUCAGGCAUGAUUCAAGAGACAGGGAUCGUGGAGGAAGAGAUUAUUACUCACCAUCACGCUCUAGGUCUGUUUCACGAUCUGUAUCUCCCCGUGAUGAUAAGCACUACAGGUCUAAUCAUAACUCAAAGAGUCCAAGGCAGAAUGAUCAGAGUCCCCGCAGCAACAGGGACCGUGGAUCAGAUAAGAGGUCAUUCAGUCCAAUGAAGAAUGGUCAAAGUCCUAGGUCACCAAGUCCAAGAGAGAAUGACCGCCGUAAGCAUGGUAAGAAGAACCAAGGUUCUGACCGGCGAUCACCAAGUCCAAGGAGGUAUGAGCGGAGUUUAUCAAGAUCUCCUUCUCGUUCCCGUUCUUACAGUCCUCGCUGAUGGAGUUGGCCCUGUUUUUGGAAACCAUGCUUGAUCCUCUAGCCUGGGAAUGAGGCUUCUAUUGGUUGCUGGUUAGUGUGAGGAGGUUGUAAUAUACAGGAAUUAGGGCUGAUCGAGGAGUGAUGCAACUCUUUUGAUGGAUAUAUAAUUUUGUACGUCUAACUCGGAUAAUGCAGCUUACUGGGAGUUUUUUGUUCAUGGUAUGCCUAUAUUAGGUGGGUUGUACAUGCAACCUGCUGACUCUUUACCUUUAACCCUCCUGGGUCUAUGGGCUUUUUUUUUUACUUUCUUUUUAUUUUUCCAUUUUUUUUGGGAGCUGUGGACAUGCAGUUGCUGAGUUGAUUGCUUGGGUUUAUAUCGUGCUAUAAUUUUCAA